CUUACUCUAUCCUCAAGUGUGCUGCAAAAAAACGGCACUUCAAUGUAUUGAUAUUAAUUCGCAUUUAAUCAGAUAAUUCAGCUUUGGAAAGACCAUGAUUUAAAAACGAAUUGGUCAUCGCUCAUCACUCGUAAUUGAUAACGAAACAAAACUAGUAAAAAAAGUACAGAUAUGGCUAUGGCUGCGCGGUCUGCACAAACUGAUCCUUCAAAGAGACUAAAAUGCGGUGUAAUUCAAUAGCAUUUUUGAUCAUCCUGUUGCAUUGCAAUUUGAAUUCUGCCUCAAAAUUGUGGGGAGUGUUGUGGAAUCCGGAACCAAAAAGAAGCCCAAAAGCCACUGACAGAAUAUAUGGAGGCGUCGAGGCAGGCAGAGACGAGUUCCCCUUCAUGGCGGCUGUUAUUUUGGGCGAAGCGGCCCUUUGUGGAGGCGCAUUAGUUUCCAGCACCUCUGUUCUAACAUCAGCCCAGUGCCUAUUAACUAGCUUUGAGGUCAUCAAUGUUCAUCUCGGGGUGCAUAAUUUGACGGAUGACACGGAGACUGGUCGCAUUAUUAUUAAAGCAACAAGGACCAUCGCUCAUGAGCAGUUCAACAGUCUCAACCUGGACAACGAUAUAGGAAUAAUUAAGCUGCCUAUGUCCGUGGAAGCGUCCAAUAUUUUGCCUGUGGCACUUCCUAGUCGAUCUUUUGCUGAGGGAAAUUCAUUCGAAAAUUACACGGCAAGAAUUUUUGGAUGGGGACUUAGGUCAUCGGCACCCUCUGCAAUUUUUCCGGAUAUCCUUCACACUGCUGAAUCCAUGGUUAUCAAUAAUACUGUGUGCGAGGAUAUAUACGAAUUGUUUGUUCCAUAUGUGACGCCUCGUAAAUUAUGCCUCGACAACUCUGGUCUUUCAGGAGCUUGUAUCGGCGAUGCUGGAGGCCCGAUUGUCACCACGAGACCAGAGGACGGAAAAUUUGUGUUGAUUGGAACUAUUAGCUUUUCUGCUGGGCCGUGUGGAUACGAAAUGCCUGUGAUUGCGGCACGAUUGUCUCUAUAUCUCGACUGGAUCGGGUUUUACGCAGAUGUGGCAAUCGAUGAUUAAAAUUAUCACUGAUUACCAUAAAAAUAUUUAUUUUAUGAUUUAAGGCGGAGCAGCAGAUUGUCUUGAAUAUAAUAUCCAUGGACAAAAUUAAAUAUUUAUAAAUGUCUCACUUGGUCUCAGCCGCUCAAUUUUUAGUGUGAAUAUGCUGAUUGCCGGCUUAAGCUGGAUUUUAUUCAGGAGCAUUUUUUCUGGCAGCUGCAAAUUUUUAAAAGAGUGAAGGGCAGGAGGCAAAUUUUCUCUGACACUUUUCGACUUUUAAACCAGUGGCUGGCGUAUAGCUUGGUCAAAUUCACGGCGGCUGACUAUAACGAAAACCAAAAUUAGCCUGCUGGCGCCGCGGCGCAGUGCCACUAACAAUAAUUAAACAAUACUCCAAAUUUUUAUCACGGUUACCAAUAUCACCGCCGAGCAGAUAGCAUAUUGGGGCCUGUGUGUAUGUAAUUUUGAAAGAUUGUAUCUCACCUGUAUGGACGUUAAUAAAGAUUGCGUGUAUCCAAAUCACUAGUUGCCUGCUGUUUAAAAAUUGUA